AUGGCGACCGAAUUACCGAAAGAUGAAGGUACUCUAAAGGUCAUCAAAGCAACCAAAGAGACGGAACACUCCCAGAUCUUUCGCGUUGGCACCAGAAGAUCCAUCCUCGCCAGGGUACAAGCAGACGAGAUCGUCAAAGAAUUGAAAGAGCAAUGGCCUGAGCACACAUUUGAGAUCCAUGCCAUGAGCACCACUGGCGACAACAACCAGAAGACUGCACUGCACAAGUUCAACGAGAAGGCGUUGUGGACACAGGAGCUCGAGGUCCUGCUGGAGGAAGGACAGCUGGAUCUGAUUGUGCACUGUUUGAAAGACAUGCCAACACAGUUGCCUGCGAACCUGCAGUUGAGCUGCAUUACAAAGCGAAGAGAUCCGCGGGACGCACUGGUGCUCAAGCCAACGCUCGUUGACAAGGUCAAAUCCUUGAAGUAUCUGCCGGAGGGCGCGGUUGUGGGCACUUCAAGCCUGAGGCGGACAGCUCAACUGAAGCGAUUCUACCCGCAACUGAAGUUCCAGGACGUCAGGGGUAAUCUUGGUACUAGGCUGGGUAAGCUGGAUGAUCCAAACUCGGACUACUCUGCCAUUGUCAUUGCUGUUGCCGGUCUCGAACGCCUUGGCAUGACCAACCGCAUCAACUCGUACUUGUCCAAGGACAACGGUGGCAUGUUAUACGCUGUUGGUCAAGGCGCACUUGCCAUUGAGACCAGGAAGGAUGACAAGAGGACAACAGAUCUUCUGGCCAAGAUCAGCUGUGAUCGGUCCACCAAGCAGGGGCUGGCGGAACGGCAACUCAUGCGGACUUUGGAAGGCGGCUGUUCCGUGCCAAUCGGUGUAGAAACUGAGUGGAUUCCAAAAAAGCGAUUCCACGACACUCAUGUCGGUAUUGGUGUUAAGCCCGCAGAGGACUACGAUCAGGCGACUGGAGCGGCUUUCGGCGGAGACCCAGCGGGCAAAGAGGAGGAGCAAGAUCUCACCGACGAACUUGUCAUGCGCGCCAUUGUUGUCAGUCUAGACGGGAAAGACGCGGCCGAAAUCGAGACCAGAAGAAGAAUUACCACCAACGAACAGGCAAACGAGCUUGGGUUUGACGCAGCCAAGUUGUUGGUCGAAAAGGGAGCUGAUAAGAUCUUGGAACAGGUACAACUCAACAGGGGGAUCAUAAAGGAUCAGGGCAAUGCAUAA